AUGCGAUCUACUCUGAUAUCUGGACUGCUGUGUGCAUCUGUCGUUGGAGCUGUCCAGCCAUUAGUGGAUGUGAGUUACUCUAAGUAUCAGGGUGUCCCGUUGGCAAAUGGUAUCACAGAAUGGCUGGGUAUGCGAUAUGCCGCUCCUCCUGUUGGCAAUUUAAGAUUUGCGGCGCCGGUUGAUCCUGUCCAGAACAAGACCACGGUCGUAGCUAAUACUUUUGGAGACAUUUGUUUGGGUACUGGCGCUGUUCCCAGCAACACCUCGUCUGAGGACUGCCUGUUCAUAAACGUUUACGCACCUACAAACGCUUCAUCAGAAGACACGCUACCUGUGUACUUCUUUAUUCAGGGUGGAGGUUUCAAUUCAAACUCGAACGCCAACUACAAUGGAAGCGGUCUGAUCGAAGCCAGCAACCACAACAUCAUCGUUGUCAACUUUAACUACCGCGUGGGACCCUAUGGUUUCCUCGCUUCCAAGGAGAUUGUCAAGGAAGGCAACACCAACAAUGGCAUCAGAGAUCAAAUCAAGGCCCUGCAGUGGGUCCAAAAGAACAUUCGCAAGUUUGGUGGUAACCCCAACCAUGUCGUUCUUGGUGGCGCAUCAGCAGGUGCCUCAUCCGUGACUCUGCUCCUUACAGCCCACAAUGGACGCAACGAUGGCCUUUUCCACGCCACAGCAGCUGAAUCCCAGGCUCUUUCCCCCUUGCUCAGCGUGGAAGAGUCUCAGUUCAUGUACGACAACCUCGUCAUCCGCACCGGCUGCGUAGACUCAAACGACACACUGGCCUGUCUACGCGGUCUCAACAGCACAUUCCUGCAGACCAAAAACAUCAACACGCCUUUUCCCGGCGCCCAGAACCCUCCUGUUACCAUGUAUUCCCCAACUCUCGACGGCGACAUCGUAACCGACUACACACUCUCGGCCUACCGCAAAGGUAACUUUAUUAAGCUGCCCGCCAUCUACGGCGACGACACAAACGAGGCCACCUUUUUCACCCCCACAAACACAUCUUCCAUCGCCGAAAGCAACACCUUCAUCAAGGACCAAUUCCCCUUGCUAACCACUUCACAACUCCGUGAAAUUAACACUCUGUACCCCAACAACCCUAACAACACAUUCCCCAACUCAGGCUUAUACUGGAGACAAGUCAGCGACGUAUUCGGCGAGAUGUUGUUCAACUGCCCGGGCCUCGCCAUCACCGACAUUUACUCCUCGAACUUCUCCCGCAAGGACAUCUACAACUUCCACUGGGACGUUCUUGACCCUGGCUUUGCAGCUAGAGGCCUCGGUGUAGGCCACACGACGGAGCUCGGUGCCAUCUGGGGUCCUAACAACACUCAAGGGUUUACCUUGGCGUCGUAUGCGACCACAAACGCCAACAUCAUUCCCAUCACUCAGGCAUACUGGAUUAGUUUCAUCAGAAGCUAUAACCCUAACACUUACAGAUUGAAGGGCAGUCCCGAGUGGAGGGCUUGGACUGCGCAGAAGAAGCAGAGACUGCACUUCGUUACUAAUGCUACUGCUAUGGAGGUGGUGGAUCAGAGACAGCAGAAAAGGUGUGCAUAUCUCAGCAGUGUUGCUGUAGACCUCAAGCAGUAG